ACAUACAUCAUAUUAUGAUUGCACAUCAAUAUUAUGAGUCCAUCAUUUUUUUGGUCCCGACUCAUUACGCGUUUGGUAAGAUGAUCUAAGUGAUUUUUUUUUCUUAAAUUACAAAUUUGAAAAAUUGUUACCAAAUUUUUGGAAACAAUUUUUAUUUUCAAAAAUUUUAAAACAAAAACCAAACCAUACAUAUAUUAGGAGAUCCCAGCCCAAGCCGAGUUCUACCAAGUAUUUUAAAAUUUCAACACAACAACGUUACAAAUUCAUCCUACACAAUUUUAGGAACCAAAAAAUCCAAUCUUUAUAGGUAAGCUAUUAAGUGUGGAGAUUCAAAUUGUUAUGAACCAAUUGAAGCAAAUCCAUGCCCACACUCUCAGAAACGGCAUAGACUUCACCAAAUUCCUCAUUGUGAAACUCCUUGAAAUCCCAAACAUCCCAUAUGCCCACAACCUGUUCGACUUUAUUCCUAAACCAACUCUCUUUAUCUACAACAAGCUCAUUCAAGCCUACUCUUCUUAUGGCCCUUACCAUCAAUCUUUGUCUCUCUACUCCCAAAUGUGCCAUCAGGGCUUCUCACCAAACCAGACCUCCUUCACUUUCCUCUUUGCCGCCUGCGCUUCCCUCUCUUCCCUGCGUCACGGCCAAACGCUCCACUCCCGCUUCCUCAAAUCAGGUUUUGAAUUCGACAUCUUCGCGUUGACAGCAUUGGUUGACAUGUAUGCUAAAUUGGGUAUGUUAGCAUUGGCUCGGAAACAAUUUAAUGAAAUGAGAAAGAGAGAUGUGCCCACUUGGAAUUCUAUGAUUGCUGGCUAUGCAAGGUUUGGAGAUAUGGAGGGAGCGUUAGAAUUGUUCAUGGCAAUGCCUGAGAGGAACGUGAUAUCGUGGACAGCAAUGAUAUCUGGGUAUUCACAGAAUGGGCAGUACGCUAAGGCCCUAGAUAUGUUUUUGGAAAUGGAAAAAGGGAAAGGAGUAAGGCCGAAUGAGGUGACUAUAGCUAGUGUUCUUCCCGCCUGCGCAAGUCUUGGGGCGUUGGAGAUUGGGGAGAGGAUUGAAGAUUAUGCAAGGGAAAAAGGGUACUUAAACAAUUUGUUUGUAUGCAAUGCUAUCUUGGAAAUGUACUCCAGGUGUGGUAGAAUCGAUAUGGCAAAGCGGGUGUUUGAUGAAAUCGGUUGCAAGAGAAACGCUUGCUCUUGGAAUUCAAUGAUCAUGGGCUUGGCUGUCCAUGGACAAUGCAAUGCAGCUCUUCAACUCUUCCAAGAAAUGCUGAGAGGAGGAACUGCACCUGAUGAUGUCACAUUUGUGGGAGUUCUAUUGGCGUGCACUCAUGGAGGCAUGGUUGAAAAAGGACGACAACUUUUCCAAUCAAUGGAACGGGAAUUCUCAAUCUCCCCCAAACUAGAACACUAUGGAUGCAUGGUUGAUCUUCUAGGUCGUUCAGGAGAAUUGCAUGAAGCGUUUGAUCUUAUACGAAGUAUGCCCAUGAAGCCCGAUUCUGUUGUAUGGGGAACUUUGCUAGGGGCGUGCAGUUUUCAUCGCAAUGUUGAGCUGGCUGAGAAAGCAGUGGAAUCACUCUUUGAGCUUGAGCCAUGGAAUCCAGGAAACUAUGUGAUUCUUUCCAAUAUUUACGCAUCAGCUGGACGAUGGGAUGGAGUUGCGAGACUGAGGAAGCUAAUGAAAUUUGGCCGGAUAACGAAGGUGGCAGGGUAUAGUUUCAUUGAAUUGGGAGGACAAAUUCAUAAGUUCAUCGUAGAGGAUAGAUCACAUCCACAAUCUGUUGAGAUAUAUGAGCUUUUAGAUGAAGUUUCAACUAGAUUGAAGUUUAUUGGAAAUACAACUGAUUUUGAUUCUAUGAUUGAAGAAUCAUGCAUAAUGGAGCAAGUCUGCUAAUUUUCUGUGUCAGCAAAUUUUGUGAAGUCCACAUUCAUCAAACA